AUGGUGGCUACGCUUGCCAGAUCGGACGAAGACCUAUCCGGCCGGAUCCCCCUCUCCCUUCCGGGAGUGGCUUGCAAGGGCCCUCCAGCUCCGAUUGCAAAGAUCGAGGGGGACUUGUCAGGCUGCGCCACUAAGCACGAGAGCAUCUGCCCGGUCAAGUGCGCUGAAGGGCACGCCUUGAGCGAGCCUCUGAUCUGCAUUGAUGGACAAUGGAGUACUCCAAAUUGCAAGGCCAAGCAGUGUGGCUGCAAGAACGGCAUGGGGGCAAAGGGCAAGGAGUGCCCUGACGAGGAUGCCAACGUCUGCGAGGCCUGUGAUGAAGGCUUUGAGCUUUGGAAGAAGGGUUGCCACAAGGUUUGGUCCGAAGCAACUUGGGUGAGCUUGGGGCCUCAUUCAGUCUGUCGGGAAUCCCGGACGGACCUGAUCAGUGAUCCUGAGACUGUUCACGAUGGCCUGCAAGGCCUCCAUGAGUGCAUGGAGAAAUGUAAGGCAAAGCUGGGAUGUGCCGCAGUGGAGUUUCGCUUGAGCGAGGGCCGAUGCGAGAUGCGAGCCGGCGAAGUGGAUUAUGGAUUUGAUGAGGCGAAGAAGAGCACCGUCUCAGGACCUGCCGACUUUGAGUGUCUCGUGCACAGUCCUCCAUGCCAUCAGCUUGCAGAUCUCAAGCAAGCUCGGGCACACCUCAACAAGGGCAAGGUCAGCGCGGGCAUCUCUCUCGAGCAAGCCUUCAAGAAAACGCAGCAGACAUGCGCCCUCGCCGAGGAUGAGCAUGAGAUGCAACCAAAGCGAAUCACGAAGCUCUUUGACGAGACCAUGGAAAGGCUCUCCAGAAUGGGUCCCUUGGGUCCGCUGAGCCUUGCCGGAUUGGCCGGCGCAGCAGUGCUGAUGCCUUUUGGGUGUCUGUCCAUUUGCCGCCGAGCCAGCCGACCCGGGUCUUACGCACAGCUUCCGUGA